CCACAAUAACUCUCCAAAACCCGGGGGCGGGGCCAGUAACACUUCUCGUUCCUGAUUGGCUAGACACACCGCGUCAUAUAAAGCGCGACCCCAUAAACACAAAAACAGACGCCAUUUUUUAGGGAAAACCUUUCAGAUUAGUUCUUUUUUUAAAAUGGAGAAAACGGAGCCGUGGCACAACAAGGAGACGAAGACACUAAUAGGCAUCUGGUCAGAGGAUGAAGUGCAGCGAGAGCUGGAAGGUACCGUAAGAAAUCAAAAAGUGUUUCAGAAAAUAUCCCAGCGCAUGUGGGAACUGGGUUACAACCGCAGCCCAGAUCGAUGUCGAGUCAAAAUAAAAAAGCUUAAACAAGAUUACAGAAGACUGAAGGAGUACAACAAAAGGAAUGGGACGAACCGGAAAACAAAUCAGUGGUACGACGCGCUGGACGCUGUUCUGGGACGCAGGGCGGAAAGUGUAGGCAGGAGUGUUACAGCGGAGUCCUCCUCCUCUCUGCUGGAGUCUGUGAUGAACUGUAACGGUGUGGAGGACAGAGCAGAUAGUGACGACGACGUCUUGUCAGUCUGUAUUGAUAAUGCAGAUGACAGGAACAGAACCAGGAUUAGUUCUCCAGCGCUUGCAGUAACGUUACCCCUGUCUCCAGGAUUGUCCUCUCCUGCGUCCAGCAACCUUACAGCCGAGGAACCCCGACCUACUGUGCCUCGUGUCAGAGGAAAAAGGAGACGAGGACACUCGAACCACAUCGACACUAUGAGAGAGAUCUUCCUUAUGGCUGAGGAUCGCGAAGACAGACGGCAACGAGUUCAUCAAGAAUUCGAAGAAAGACGACUUCAAGUCCUGCAGGAGUUGGAACGCUCAGCUGGGAUUCGAGAGACAGAGUUGAUCAACACCCUGGCACAGUUUAACCAAGGACUGCUCAGUGUAAUGGGGCAGCUAGUAUCCGUCAUGGCCAGCAACCACAGCCCUCAAUCGCCACCUUAAAACUUUUGAUUUCCAAAAUGGUUUUCUUUGGAUUGUUAUGCAGGACAAUUGUUGAAUGCGGUUACAUAUUUAUAACUAAAAUAUAAUAAUAAGCUCUUUUCAGUACACACUUUCCAGUGUGUUUUAUUUGUUGCAUUUAGAAGUAUUUGUAUCUUUAUAGCUACCAUACAUUUUUUGGUCUUUUUAUCAGGUACAGCUACCAUAGAUAUUACUUUGUAGAUAAACGAUUACUCACUGAUCAGA